GUUCAUUUCAUUGUGUCAAAUACACUCAAAAGCGUGCACGUUUUUAUUUGUUUUGCAUUCCAAAACGAGAUAAAUUUUAAAGAAAAAUUAGUUUUUACAGAAUAAUUGAACAAAAAACAAAAUGAAGCGUUUGGAUGAAGAGAGAGCUAAAGUUUUCUUCGAAAAAUUGGCUAAAUACAUUGGUGAAAAUGUGAAACAUUUAAUUGACCGACCGGAUGGCACGUAUUGUUUCCGUGAACAAAAUAACAAAGUUUACUAUGUGUCGGAAAAGAUAUUGAAAUUGGCCGAAAAUGUUGGACGAGAUCGUUUGAUUAGCUUGGGCUGUUGUAUGGGCAAAUUCUCAAAAACCAACAAAUUCAAAUUUAAUAUCACGGCACUCACCUACUUGGCACCAUAUGCACAGUACAAAGUUUGGUUGAAAGCAUCGGCCGAACAACAAUAUUUGUAUGGAAAUCAUAUUUCCAAAUCAGGACUGGGCCGUAUUACCGAAAACACACCAAAACAUCAAGGAGUUGUUGUGUACUCGAUGAAUGAUUUACCAUUGGGAUUCGGAGUAACCGCAAGGUCAACGGCCGAAUGUAAAGUUACAGAUCCGCUCACAACAGUUUGCUUCCAUCAGGCUGACAUUGGCGAAUAUAUUCGUAGUGAAGAGACUCUAUUUUGAUUUAUUAUGUGCGAUUUUAAUUUUAAUAAACGAAAUUUAAUCUAAAUAUGAAAA